AUGGCCGACACGUCAAAGAAGAGGAAGCAAGCUUCACACCCCGGCCCCGGCAACAAUCCAAAGCGCGCCCGGUUCCCGUUGAGACCGCAGCAUGCCAUCGCCGCCACGCCGACUCGUGACGCGUAUCCCAAUGGCGAGCUCAACGUCAAGAACUUUCUCAAGUCACAUGAGACGGAGAUUAAGUCGCUGGAGAAUGCCAUGCGAGCCGCGAAGAAGGGGCUUUCGCGGAGGGCAUUUCAAGAAGUGCCUAGAGAAUUGCGCAGGCGUACUGCGAGCCACAAUCCGCAACGCGUACCUAAAAGACUGCGGGUGAGGGCACGACAAGAGGCAAAAGAAGAUAAUACGCCCAUUUCAAGAGGUACGAGCGGUAGUGGUAUUGGCAAGGGAAAGAAAAAGUAUCUGCGCAAGAAAGGGAGGGAGAAGAGUAGACAAGACUGGGAGAAGAGGGCGAAGAGGCGGAAGGAUGCAGGUAAUGUAGUGACAGGGACAGGCGAGAAGGACCAGGAUGGUGAUAUAUCCAUGGAGAACCCUCCGAAGGAAGUCAUGAAGCCUGUAUCCAACGCCAGACCGAGGCGCAAAUUCCCUGCCCUAGCUACACCAGCUACCCCUCCGUCACGGUUCCGCAGACGUCAGCGAGAUAAGACAUGGUUGCCCACACAUUUAUGGCACACCAAGCGCGCAAAGAUGACAGACCCGAAAGAGCCCCUCUGGCGGUUCGCAAUCCCAUUGAAGCCAGUCACCAAGGCCUAUCGUCUGACGCACCGAGCUGCGACCCAGCGAGGAGCGGUGGCUUGGGACAUGAGCUACAUGUCUACCAUCAGCCUGGAGGGUCCCGAGGCCAGCAUACUUGGGAUGCUAAAGGGCCUUCACUUUGGCAUAGAUGGUGGAGAGGACCCUUGGCAAGACAAAGGCAGGGCUAGAAAGUGGAGAAACGGUACUCGGGCAUGGGAGGGUUGGAUAUACGAGAGAGAAGCAAGGCUACCUCGGAAGAUUGCUCGCGUCACUGUCAUAUGGUGUGCAUCAGCAAACGAUGGAGACAAGAGGAAGGUCUUCAUUCGGGCGCAUCCAGGUGUGUUUCUGCAGCUCUGGAACGAGGUUAUCCGGAUCUCCAAAGUGCAGAAGCCAGCCGUCACCGUACAUGAUCUCCGCUUUGAGAUCGGCUCGAUUGAGAUAACAGGACCUGCAGCUGCGGAGACACUCUGCUCCAUUCUCGUACCUUUGUCUACUUCGGAUGCUGCUACAGACUCUCCACAGUCUUUGUGGCCUACCUUGGCUUCUGUAACAGACGCUGCCUCACUACCAGCCGGUGCUCUGUUGGCAUUCGAUAUACCGGAUCCUCGACUCCGCGAUCCUCCUGCCCCCACACCGAUAGCAAAAGACCAACAGUCUCUGGACACUUUGACUGAGAUUCUGGCUGCUUGGCCGAUUGACAAGACGCAGACUGCCGCCUCGAUUUUCGACACCACUUCCCGAUUGACAGCACAGCGUACGAUGCCAUCUCAAAAGUCCAUCAACCGCCGCAAAAGCAUGUGCACACUAGGCCAGGCGCUUGAACCUCGAUCGACCGACCCACGUAUACCAACACUUAUAUUCACGUCGCGUGAAAGCAGAUCCUGGACCAUAAUGCUACCUUGGAAGUGUGUCAUGGCAGUGUGGCGACAGAUGAUGCGCUACCCAGUAUCUACAGGCGGCAACCCGAGGUUUGGCGGUUUGAAGGAGAGGCGCCAGGUCGACUUUGAGCGCUCGAUACCCCAUUUUCCGUACGAUCAUCCCGGCACAGAUGCUGGUUGGACAUGGGAGCUGCAUGAACGAGAAGCUAGAAAGCACGAGUGGACGAAGCGUCCGAAAGGUAAGCGAAUCGAAUGGUCCACUAUUGACCUUGGUAGAGGCAAGAAGGGCGAGGUCGGAGAUCCCUGGGCGUGUGACUGGGAGCGGUUACUGCCUGCACCGACUGAAACACGCAUUCAAAAGGUAUUGGAGCAGUUUGACGCGCCGUUUCGUCAGCUCUCGUGUCGCCAGGCAACCAAUCUAGUGGACGGACAUGGCGAUGCUAGUGAAUCAUCACGCUCGCUCUUCACUGUGAAGUUGACCAUGAUACAACGAGGCACUCCAACGGACUGCGCUCGCAUCUACCGACUACCAACAGACCCAGAGCUUCGAAGCAAAUGGCUAUCAUUGAUGCCUCAGCCCGGCGUCAAACGUACGUCUAGCAAAAAGGGCCAUCGAACUGUCGACAAGCCAACGCCCACACAGCGUCAGAGGCUUGCGCAGAGUUUACUAGAGGCUCCAAGGUUGAAUGAGGGCCCGCCAAAAGCUGGCGAGGAAAACUAUCCCAUGGUACCUGACGAAGUGGACCUCAUCGGUUUCGUCACGACUGGUAACUACAACCUCGGCGAAGGUAUGCCGACGGCUGUUGCCAAUGUAGCUGUAAACAGGUUGGCAGCGUCGCUUUCUCCGUCCUUUAGCAUCGCGUCGCAUCGCAAAAACCAGCAGCGAGCGAUCGACAUGUCGGAGGAUCGGCCGGGAGAAGAGCAGGGCGAAGGCGUCGACGCUGCUAUCGGACUACCGUCAGAUGUGCUGGCAGAACUGACGACGGGUAUUCUAGAAGACUUGGUGAGCAACAUUGUCUUCACCACGGCAUUAUCAUGUCACCGAUCCGAGAAGCUGCUCCGUAUGCAGUCGGCUGCCACCCAGGCCGAAUCCAUCGCCCUCCAGAACCUCGAGCCGCAGUCGCAGAAACAAAACACAAACGGCGCCACGUCGAUACCCAUCGCCGACACGCCCGCCGCAAAGUACGAGAAUGGGCGCGUAUUCCUCAAGGGAAACCCGCUCAAGACGACACCAGAGAUAACAUGUCCGCACUGCAAGCUUCCCCGGUUAAUGGCCCCGAUCAUGGGUAAGGGCAUGCAGAACCCAGAUCUGACCAAGGAGUACUGUCUGCUAUACCCCUACGUCCAAAGACCGGGCCAUGAUUUAUACGGCAAUCCGUUCCCGACCGAUAUGGCUAAAAGCAAGAAGGAGCGAGAAUUGAUCAAGCAGCAGCAGAAGAAUGCAGAGAAAGAGAGUGUAGGCACACCAGGCUCACAAGACACGGACAUGGCAGGUGGCGACACCAAGGAGAUCAAACUCAACACCGGCGGCAAGCCAGCCUCAUACAUCCCAUGGCACACAUGUCCAAACUGCAAGCGCAGUCUACUCAUCACGCGAUUCGCACAACAUCUAGAGAAAUGCCUAGGCAUAAGUGGGCGGCAGAGCUCGCGCAAUGCAAUGGCAAAGCUGGCGGGACACAACGGCUCAGGCUCAGGUGUAGGCAACACGCCACUGGGAAGUCGCAUGGGCACACCCGCACCCGACACGUCCAACCCGAAGAGCAGCAGCAAAUCAAAGGGUAUCUCGCCCAUCAAGAAGCACGCCGACGACGACGCCGACGAACUCGGCAUCGACAACGAUACGCCCGAGCGCCGCAAAAUCAAGAAGAAGAGUUCCUAUAUCAAGAAGGCAGAUCGCGACAGAUCUGGCAAUAACGGCAGUGGCGGUGGUGGCACACUUAAAGUCAAGCUCAAGACGGGUAAUAGACCAGACUUUGAUCGCAAACACAGCGAAAACAGUGAGAGGAGCGAGGGUAAGCGCGAUCGUGAAAACGACGACGGGGGCGAGUCGCCCAAGAAGAAGAAGAUUAAACUCAGUCUCAGCAGUGGUGGUGGGGCAAAGGAGAGAGCGAGGGCGAGUGCUAGUGUUGAGCCCGCUAGUGUUGCGUCGCCGGAUAAUGGGGAGUACUGAGUAGGGAUAUGGUGUUGUGACGAGUGAGUGAGUGAGCCACAGGCGUGGGAAGAAGAAGUACCAUCCGUCAUCCGUCGCUUCCACACACACGACGGGCCAGCAAACCAUGACUAGCCCCGUUCGUUCAUCACAACAACCGCCUUCAUACGCGCGAGGAGUCUAACUGCUAUGUUGUUCUUUUACACCAAACCCCCUCAUACCGGAGUCUCAGGCGCAUUCUUCCCUUUUUCCGUUUCCUUUCAAACUUGUACCUUGAUUCCCCCCUACCUACCCCACACGCCCCGUUCUUCCUUUCUAACUACACAUGUUGUUUGGAAAGUGGGUGGUGUUAUACAUGGCGUUUUUGUGCUGUCCUUUACGGGUUUUUUACAGAGUAAAAAAGAGCUCAUACAUUGAGGGCGUUUUUUAGCAUGUGGAUGGGUAGGAUGGAUGGAUGGACGGUGGUGAUGACGACGAUGGGUUUUUGUAAGAUAAGUAGUUCUGUUAAGUUUUUUAUUA